CUAAAAUAAAGGAAAACUGAGACGUUUUAGAUUUUGACUAUCUUACAUUCACCUGAUCCAAAACUUUUGAUGUCAAACGAAAUUGUGAAAGGUGUUGACUUUCAAGAGCUCGUUUCUCUUUCUCAACCCGAGGCCUUGUAUCGAUGUGUUAGCAAUCUACCAUCAACCGGUUUGCAGGCUACUCAAGUUGGCCGUGCUCGCCGUUUAGUUCAACGUAUCUUGUAUCAUCGUCAGAAAGGUGAUAAAGUUUUUCUUUCAUAUACUUCUAAUCUAAUUUCAUCGGGAUUGCGAGAUACCUUUAUGUUUCUCGCGAAGGAAAGGCUUGUGGAUGCGUUUAUCACUUCCGCAGGUGGGAUUGAGGAGGAUGUUAUCAAGUGCUUUGGUCAAACCCACGUUGGAAAGUUCUCGCUAAACGGUAAGAUGCUUCGCAAGCACGGGCUUAAUCGGAUUGGAAAUUUACUCAUUCCAAAUGACAAUUACUGUCGUUUUGAGGAAUUUUUCAUGCCUGUUUUGAGGUCUUUUCUGGAUAUGCAGAAAGCAUCACAAGGAGCUGCGUAUACGGGGCCUUCAGAUUUAAUAACUGCUAUCGGACGUGCCUUAGAAUCUAACAUUCCAAAGGAAGAUCAAGAAACAAGCUUAGUGUAUUGGUGUUAUAAAAAUAACAUUCCAAUGUUUUCGCCCGCUAUUACAGAUGGAUCGAUUGGGGAUAUGGUUUAUUUCUUCAGCUUUAAGGAAAGUGGUUUGAUACUCGAUCCCAUUCAAGAUGUGGUGAACUUCCGCACACUUGGCGCUUCGAACUUGACAGAUGGCAGGAAAAAUUAUGGUAUUAUUUUGGGUGGCGGGCUUCCAAAAAAUCAUCUUCUUCGAAAUAUUCAGUUAGAUAGUAUGGUGUUGAUAACUACAGGGUUAGAAGCGGAUGGGUGUGCGAGCUCCUGCACGCUAGAAAAUGACAUUUUCAAUGGUUUAAUCAAAGAAGAUUUCGAUGAGAUAGUACGUGUGCAGGGUGACGCCACGCUGCUCUUUCCAUUGAUGCUUAUUAAAGAAAACUAAGACUUCUGAAUCGCCUUCAUAAAGGGUAUCUGUUUGGGAUGCCUUUAAGGGUUUAAAUUUCAAAUAAAUAUUCGUGCGUGAGCCUAAUUCAAUGUGUCUUUGCGGUGUGUCAAUACUUAAAGGAGAAGAAUCGAUUAUCCCAAAUAAAAUAAA